AUGUCCCUUCCAACGCCGUUCACCGUGGCGCACCAAUCCUACGUCAAGGGCCUCUAUCGACGUAUCCUCAAGAAUGAGCUGAACUGGAUUGUGCAGCGGGAUAUCUGGAGAGCCAGGGCGCUCUCCAUUCGGGCGGAGUUCGAUGCGAACAGGAAUGUGCGUGAUCCUCGUGCACUUGCUGCCAUUCUCGCCAAAGCAGAGGCGGACUACGAGGAGCGCAAGCACCCUGACCCAUACCGUCCCUCCACGGCACCCGAUGGUACUAAAUGGGAGCGAAACUUGCCUCCCCCGCUCGGCCCCAUCUUCGACCACGAGAAGUACAACGCAGAGCACGCUCAUUGA